GGAAGACGCUCCGAUAACCCAAGCCGCGAUCGGAGAUGGAUGUCUCUCUUUGCCCAGCCAAGUGUAGUUUCUGGCGGAUUUUCUUGCUGGGAAGCGUCUGGCUGGACUAUGUGGGCUCCGUGCUGGCUUGCCCUGCAAAUUGUGUCUGCAGCAAGACUGAGAUCAAUUGCCGGCGGCCGGACGAUGGGAACCUCUUCCCCCUCCUGGAGGGGCAGGAUUCAGGGAACAGCAAUGGGAACGCCAGCAUCAACAUCACGGACAUCUCAAGGAAUAUCACUUCCAUACACAUAGAGAACUGGCGAGGUUUGCACACGCUGAAUGCCGUGGACAUGGAGCUCUACACUGGCCUCCAAAAGCUGACCAUCAAGAACUCAGGACUUAGGAGUAUCCAGCCCAGGGCCUUUGCCAAGAACCCCCACUUGCGCUACAUAAACCUGUCGAGUAACCGGCUCACCACACUCUCAUGGCAGCUCUUCCAGACGCUGAGUCUUCGGGAAUUGAGACUGGAGCAGAACUUCUUCAACUGCAGCUGUGACAUCCGCUGGAUGCAGCUGUGGCAGGAGCAGGGGGAGGCCAAGCUCAACAGCCAGCACCUCUACUGCAUCAGUGCCGACGGCUCCCAGCUGCCCCUGUUCCGCAUGAACAUCAGCCAGUGCGACCUUCCUGAGAUCAGUGUGAGCCACGUGAACCUGACCGUUCGAGAGGGCGACAACGCUGUCAUCACGUGCAAUGGCUCUGGGUCCCCUUUGCCUGACGUAGACUGGAUAGUCACGGGCCUGCAGUCCAUCAACACCCACCAGACAAAUCUGAACUGGACCAAUGUACAUGCCAUCAACCUGACCCUGGUCAAUGUGACAAGCGAGGACAAUGGCUUCACCCUGACAUGCAUCGCGGAGAAUGUGGUGGGCAUGAGCAACGCCAGUGUGGCCCUCACCGUGCACUACCCCCCACGCGUGGUGAGCCUGGAGGAGCCGGAGCUGCGCCUGGAGCACUGCAUCGAGUUCGUGGUGCGGGGCAACCCGCCGCCCACGCUGCACUGGCUGCACAAUGGGCAGCCGCUGCGGGAGUCCAAGAUCGCGCACGUGGAGUACUACCAGGAGGGCGAGGUGUCCGAGGGCUGCCUGCUCUUCAACAAGCCCACGCACUACAACAACGGCAACUACACCCUCGUCGCCAAAAACCCGCUGGGCACGGCCAACCAGACCAUCAACGGCCACUUCCUCAAAGAGCCCUUCCCAGAGAGCACGGAUAACUUUGUUUCCAUCUACGACGUGAGCCCCACACCCAUCACGGUGACCCACAAACCGGAGGAAGACACUUUUGGGGUGUCCAUCGCCGUGGGACUUGCUGCUUUUGCCUGCGUCCUGUUGGUGGUUCUCUUCAUCAUGAUCAACAAGUACGGUCGGCGGUCCAAAUUUGGAAUGAAGGGGCCUGUGGCUGUCAUCAGCGGCGAGGAGGACUCAGCCAGCCCGCUGCACCACAUCAACCAUGGCAUCACCACGCCCUCCUCGUUGGACGCCGGGCCGGACACGGUGGUCAUCGGCAUGACCCGUAUCCCGGUCAUUGAGAAUCCCCAGUACUUCCGCCAGGGACACAACUGCCACAAGCCAGACACGUGGGUCUUUUCAAACAUAGACAAUCAUGGGAUAUUAAACUUGAAGGACAAUAGAGAUCAUCUAGUCUCAUCAACUCACUAUAUAUAUGAGGAACCUGAGGUCCAGAGUGGGGAAGUGUCUUACCCAAGGUCACAUGGUUUCAGAGAAAUUAUGUUGAAUCCAAUAAGCCUUCCCGGACAUUCCAAGCCUCUUAACCAUGGCCUCUAUGUUGAGGAUGUCAGUGUUUAUUUCAGCAAAGGACGUCAUGGCUUUUAAAAACUCCUUUUAAGCCUCCCUGUUUUGAUGUCACCUGGGUGGGCCAGGCCCUCUGAGAGGUGGGAAGCUCUAGGCGCUGUUCUCUUUGGAUCCGGGGAACUAAGUAGAAACUGCAUGAGCCACCGGUGCCCCUGCGUCCCUUUCACGCCACCGAGACGGGGGUCGUCCCCCGUCGGCCACUGGCAGGGCUGCCCUGUCCCUCAGUCAUCACUGUGCUCCUUUCUCCCCUGGCCUCCGAGGCAGCUCCUGCCGCCAUCCUUAGAGCCAAUAAAGAGAGUUAAAAACCUGUG